AUGGCAAAUUCUUCUCCCCUGCUGCCAAUUCGGCAGCUCGUCAGCGCCCGCACGCCCGACCGUGGUGAGCAGGACACCAUCCCCUGCAGCCCGGGCGCCCUGAUGAUGAUGCGCACCACGACGACGCAGCCCACGCAGAUCCUGCCGCCCAGCUCCUCGCCGAGGAGCAUCGUCGAGGUGCCCGCGUCGUCGCCGUUUCAGAAGCCGCAGCAAAAGCCCAUCGUCUCGCGGCUAGCGCCCGCCGGCACCGUUUUCCGGCCACCGCAACGGCCACGCCGACCGUCGCCGUCGCCGAAGCGCGCCCACCCGGCCACCACCAUCUCGCUGCUCUCUGACGAUGAGGACGACGACGGAGGCGGCCUGCAGCUGCCGAGGGGGGACAUCAGGCCGACAGACUUCAAAGCGCACGUAUCCGCCUUCGCCUAUAAGCCGAGGGCGGAGGAUGAAUCGCGGCGAAUGAGGCUGAAGCAAAUAUACGACGUGUUCGGCGAGAGGGUGACACCAGAGCAGGCCCGCGAGGCGCUGCGUGCGUGCGACAAUGACUUGGACGACGCCAUACAGCACCUAGAAGACCUAACCAGGAGGAAGAAGAGGCGGCUAGUGCAGGGGCGGCGCCCAAGCCUGGUGUCGCCUAAGGAGUCGUCAGCUCCUACGCCAACAUCGUCCCCUCCAGAAUCACCUCCUCCAAAGUCUUCCUAUCCAAAAUCUUCCUUACAACAAGCGCCUCGGUCAAAGUUAUCUUCGCAAAAGGCGUCGCGACCAAAGCCACCACCGCCAAGCCAGGAAGUGAUUUUAAUAGAGGAUGACGGGGACGAUUACCAGGAAGAGGGGGAAUUGGUAGCGGAUGAGAAUGACCGAGUCUUGGAAUCAAUCAACAACAGCACACUACAGGAACUGGCUGCCAUGACUGGCAUGAAGGAAAACUUGUUGGAACCCAUCAUUGAUCAUCGACCAUUUGCUGACUUAUACGCUGCUCGGAAACUCACCAUCAAAAGGCCAGGAUCCCGGAAGGGAGCGCGGGUCAGCAUCGGCGAGACUGUUGUUGACGCCGUGCAAAUUUUCCUAGAUGCCGUGACCGCCAUUGACGAGGUAGUCGCCACAUGUGAGGCCAAGGCGCGCACCGUCAAAAGCGUCAUGGACACAUGGGAUCUCGACUACUUUGGGCACUCGAAGAGCAGGAAAACUCCCGACGAAGGGGCACCUCUUACGCCCAACAGCGCAACCAGUUUUGUGCCGCCGCUGGUGCCGCAACAGCCCACCCUCAUGGACGGCCACUGUCGCAUGAAGCCGUUUCAGCUCUUCGGGCUAAACUGGAUGACACUUCUCAAUAAUUACGGAAUUGGCUGCAUUCUUGCUGACGAAAUGGGUCUGGGAAAGACUUGCCAAGUUAUUUCAUUUAUAUGCCAGCUCGUGGAAACGGCAAACGGGGAGCGACUUUGGCCGAACUUGGUCGUCGUGCCACCAAGCACAUACAACAACUGGCUGGGCGAAUUCGAAAAGUUUGCACCCGGACUCUCCGUGAUUGGAUACCGCGGAUCGCAGUCGGAACGCGCCGAAAUUGCCUACGAAAUUGAGCAGGAUCUCGACGCAUAUCACAUCGUACUAGCCACGUACUCGCAAAUCAAUUCAGAAGCCGAUCUUGAAGCCAUGCAGUCGUUUUGCCUCAACGCUGCGAUCUUUGACGAGGGACACAAGAUGAAGAACCCGGAUACAAAAGGAUACAAGGACCUGCGCCGCAUACCUGCGGCGUGGAAGAUGCUACUCACUGGAACACCUGUUCAAAACAACUUGCUUGAAAUGACGUCGCUCCUCAACUUUAUCAACCCGCAAAUGUUUGACGGGUACAUGCAACAUAUUCAAUAUAUCUUCAGCCAAAAGGUAACGGUACGCGACGUUUCCAACGGCGCGUUUCUAUACAGCGAGCGAGUUAAGCGUGCUCGCACGAUUCUGGAACCAUUUAUCCUCCAGCGCCGCAAGGACCAGGUGCUGUCAGACAUGCCGCGCAAGAUUUCCCGGGUGGUGCACUGCGACAUGACAGAAGACCAAAAACCAAUAUAUGCCGAGUACGAGGAGCUUUUCAAAACGGCUCCUUCGGAGCGCAAAUCGAGCGGUCGCCAAAACGACCAGAACAACGUGUGGAUGCAGCUGCGCAAGGCCGCCCUUCAUCCGUUACUCUUUCGUCGGCAUUUUACGGACCAGGCUGUCACCAAAAUGGCCAAGGUAUUAAUGGACCGCAUUCCUCAGUCUGAGCUGCAUCAGCCCGACAUCAAACACUUGAUCCAGGAGCUGAAGAACGCGUCCGACUUUGAGCUACACUUGUGGUGCCGCGACUACCCGUUUCUGAAGGAGUUUGACGUUUCGGAGUCAUCGCAGCUAAACAGCGGCAAGGUCAAAAAGCUGCUGGAGCUAAUCCGGCAGUACCAGGCCAACGGCGACCGCGUCCUCGUCUUCUCCAAGUUCUCGCGGCUCAUCGAGCUGCUGCAGGAGGUGCUUGCGAACCAGGGCAUCAACCACCGGGUUCUGACGGGCAGCACGAGCGUGGCGGAGCGGCAGGACCUGAUUGACGAGUUCAACCAGGACGCGGGCAUCCUGGUGUUCCUGCUGACGACGGGCGCGGGCGGCACGGGCAUCAACCUGACGGCGGCCAACAAGGUGGUCAUCUUUGACCAGUCGGACAACCCGCAGGACGACAUCCAGGCGGAAAACCGGGCGCACCGGCUGGGCCAGACGCGCGACGUCGAGGUGCUCCGGCUGGUGGCGGCGGGGACGGUCGAGGAGCUGAUCCACGAGGCGUGCAGAAAGAAGAUUGAGCUGGCGAACAGGGUCACUGGCGGGGAGGCUGCAGGCGAGGAGCAAGGGGCGGAGACGUUGGAGACGGAGGUGCGGCGGAUGAUGAAGACGCAGUAA